UCCGUUUCCUCUGGGCCCUGUCGUAUUUGAUUGGGCCAGCUUGUUGCGAGGAGGGAGGGGGCAGGUUGUUUGCAGCACAAGAGUCCGGCUCACGGGAAGGUAAACUGAGCUCCCCAGAGACGCUCAUCUAACCGCCUCUGCUCAGGCCUAGCCUUUACUCUCCAUCUGCCGCCACAGCUUCGAGGCGCCUGCCUCCGCCCUCCCGAAUGGUGCUCCUCCUCGUAGGCCUCAGCCCAGGAUCCAGACCCCUCUUCCCCCCUGCCUUGGAGCUUUUGCUCCGGAUCUCUCCUGGUGGACUUAUCCUGGGGAAGGAAGGCCUUUUGCCCAGACAAGGCCAUCUCUCUAGGAACCCCACUGUCAGUUUAAAUCUCAGCCUCCAACCGAGUGUGAGGUUCUUCCUGUGACCCCCUUUUCUGCCUUUUGACAAGAGAAACCUUUCUCCCUUGCUGCCCAGAGCCCAAAAAGCCCCAAGCUGGGGCCCUGGUCCCAGCAUGUCAGUCCCCUCUUGUGCAUAGGGCUCUGCCCUCUACCGGUCAGCAUGGCUGAGCCCAGGCAGGUUCCAGGCGGGAGGGAGACCCCACAGGGGGAGCUGCGGCCUGAGGUUGAGGAUGAAGUCCCUAGGAGCCCAGUGGAAGAGGAGCCUGGAGGAGGCAGAAGCAAUAGCAGUGAGACCAAAUUGUCCCCGAGAGAGGAGGAAGAGCUGGAUCCUAGAAUACAGGAGGAGCUAGAACAUCUGAACCAGGCCAGUGAGGAGAUCAACCAGGUGGAGCUACAGCUGGACGAGGCCCGGACCACCUAUCGAAGGAUCCUGCAGGAGUCAGCGAGGAAGCUCAACACACAGGGCUCCCAAUUGGGGAGUUGCAUUGAGAAAGCCCGGCCUUACUAUGAGGCGCGUAGGCUGGCUAAGGAGGCCCAGCAGGAGACACAGAAGGCUGCACUGCGGUACGAGCGGGCCGUGAGCAUGCACAACGCCGCGCGGGAGAUGGUGUUUGUGGCAGAGCAGGGUGUCAUGGCUGACAAGAACCGGCUGGACCCCACGUGGCAGGAGAUGCUCAACCACGCCACCUGCAAGGAAACGGUGUUGAAACUGUAUGGAGCAGGGCAGAGCUCUGGGUGUUGGUCUGCUCAGAAUGUGGCAUGGAUAGGCCCACUGGUCCUGGCUUUGUGUAAUCAGGCAGUCAGAGCGCUUGCCUACUCUCUGCUCGGAUGUGACUCCAGAUUGUGCACACCUGAGGUGAACGAGGCGGAGGAGGAGCGGCUACGUGGUGAGCGGGAACACCAGCGGGUGACGCGGCUGUGCCAACAGGCUGAGGCUCGGGUCCAGGCCCUGCAGAAGACCCUGCGGCGGGCCAUCGGCAAGAGCCGCCCCUACUUUGAGCUCAAGGCUCAGUUCAGCCAGAUCCUGGAGGAGCACAAGGCUAAGGUGACAGAGCUGGAGCAGCAGGUGGCCCAGGCCAAGACCCGCUACUCGGUUGCCCUGAGGAACCUGGAACAGAUCAGCGAGCAGAUUCACGCCCGGCGCCGGGGCCUGCCUCCUCACCCUCUAGGCCCACGUCGAUCCUCCCCUGUGGGGGCUGAGGCUGGGCCUGAGGGUGGUGAAGAUGGGGACAGCGGGAUUGAGGGGGCUGAGGGUGGGGGGCUGGAGGAGGGGGGCAGUCUGGGGCCUGGCCCAGGCCCUGACACGGACACACUGAGCCUGCUGAGCCUACGCACCGUGGCCUCGGACCUGCAGAAGUGCGACUCAGUGGAACACCUGUGGGGCCUCUCGGACCACACCAGCCUGGAUGGCCAGGAGCUGGGGCCCAGGAGCGGGGGGCCCCGGGGGAGUGAUGGGGCCCGUGGGGGCCGCCACCAGCGCAGUGUCAGCCUGUAGUUGUCAUCCUCAGACCACCGUCCCACUCAGGGGCCCCUCUCCUGGGGCCCACCCUUCCCCAGGUCAUCUUCUCUAAUGCUUCCCUUUGAGAGGUUGGCUGUGUCUGGAGUGCUCUAUGUCUGUCAUGGCUUUCUCACAGCCCCCUCCCCAGGUGGCAGCUCUCACCUUGCCUUACCUCCAGAAGUCUUGUUCUCCUGCUAGUUUCUGUCUGUCUAUCUCAUACCCUUUGCUUUCCUCUUUCUGUCUGACCCCUCCUUCCAUUCUUCCAGACUUUCCCUGUCAGGGAACUUGGUCUAGAAGACACAGGGAAGCCCAUCAGAGAAGCAGGUGUGGUGGGCCUGAGUCCUGCCCUCACUGCCCCCAGCCUGUGCAGAUAGGCACCUCUCAGGCACUUGUCUAAGGUGGCCCCGGGGACACUACUGAGUCCCCUUGGAAACCCUGCGCCUGUGUCUUCCCAAACUGCCCAGAGUAUAACCUGUAAGAAAGACUACUCCUCCCUUGAAAACACUGCCCCUUCCCUUCAGCGCUUGCUUCUCACUACUUUAGCGGCUCUGGCCCGUGUGCCCCAAAGCAGGAUUUAACAGGGUGACGAUGUCAGGGAAGAGGAAACCCAACCCCAGUAUCAGUGUAGGGAACACCAACUCCUCACUGGCUUUCCGUGCUUGUGGUGUUUCCCCAGCUCGGCUGGGUCCCUUCAGAUUGCAAAGGUGCUAUUGGGUCCUUUGGAUCCAUGUUGGGGAGGGGGUAUGAAGAUGUAAUGAGGUCCUGAUAAUGGAGGCUCCCGCCAUUCCCGGCCCUCACCUCCCUGCUGGGGAGUGGGGUUUACCUUUUCUGGGUAAAGGCUGCUGAACUGAAUUUCAGCACCCUCUUGCAGGGUGGAGUUAGGGAAUUUGGUGCUCAACUGCUCUCCCUGGCUCUUCCCCAAACUCGACAAUUUCUCCUCCAAGGUUCCUUGGGGAGUAUUCAAGCAUGGCUGCCCAGCCUCCUACCUCACCUGAUGCAGGGAGGAAUCUGCCUGGGGUGCAGGGUCCCUGCCCUCCACAGGCAACCCCAGGUGCCUUGUGCUGCUUCCAGGCUGCCAAGAGGGAGAGGUGGGGAAGCCACAUCAGGAUGGGAAUGCUUUGGGAGAGCCAGGCCUUUCCCUUGUCCGACCACAGGAAGGUGGAGAGCAGGCUCUGCACAUGAGAGAGUGUGUGUCGGCCUGUCCUGUUCCUCCACUUGGAGGGCAUCUCCAUGGAAAGUGUCUCCCUGCCUUCUGGUUGAGGGAGGAUGGUCAUAAUGAGAACCACAGGUUUGAGGUGGCCAUUGAGUGGAGGGAAGAAAAGGAACAAGGACAUGGGUGUGUGUGUGUGUGUGCAUGCAUGUGCAGGUGUGUGUGGGAGAGAGGGUCUGCUUCUGGUUUUAUUUAAAUAAAAUAGUUUAUGUAACAAUAA